UACGCUGGUAUAAGAGCAUGCAGACAAUGGGACAGGUACAUACGGCCUGUUAACCGAUGCGUGAGCCCCCCGUGCGAGCAACGUGAUAGCCAUCGCGCGUGCAACUAUGCGUCUAAUUUGGAUUUUGGCCGCAAAGAAGAGACGCCUCGCGAAAAGAGGGCUACUAUACCAGACAAUCCCGGCUGUACGAGAGAACAUGCAUGUGACUGUGCUGAGCGCGCGACAGCGGCGGCGGGGACCUUCGAUUCGAUUGCGAAUCUUCAGGAAGUCGAGCGCGAGCAGGCCGUCCGGCAGAAUGCACGACGGAAACGACGGAGACCCUCCACGGAACUUGCAGCCGAACAUGAUCAUUGUAACCGAGAAAUAAAUGAGAAAAGCGCGCCAAGACACAGGGGAGAAAAAUCAGAAGAAGUCGGUGAUCGCGUUGCUCUGGACGGAGAAACGUGCCCGAACACUUCUGACGCUGCAAGGCAACGAAAUAACAAUUAUGUACAGAGAACUGAUUUAACAUGGCUCCAAUAUACCCGCUACAGACCACCGAAGUUACCCAGGAGAUCCUAUGUCGAGAAACGAAGGAAGCGGCGAGCGGGUGAUCAUCCUCGCAUUCCGUUCUCUUCGGCUCAACUGCAGGUGUUGGAGGAUAGGUACAGAAGGGGAGCUUAUCUAUCCAGGAACGACGUCAUCGAGAUAUCCGCGAUAUUGAGACUGCCGCAGAGCAAAGUAAAAAUUUGGUUUCAAAAUCGUCGAGCAAGGCAACGACGCGAAUCACUGAACUCCACCGUAGUGACAUGAUAAUGCAACAUGCUGUACAUUUUGUAACAGAUUUUAAAAUCUUAAUACAGAAGAAUUUUACUACAAGUUAAUGUACUCAGGGAGUCGAAUCAGAAUUAUUUUAAAGUGGCUUGACCGCAUCGAGAUUUUGUAUCCUCAACGUGUGUGUAUGAAUAAACUUUUUAUGAUUAUUUAUUA